UUUCAUUAAUUGUGUCAGUUUUUCUAUACAUUUUUGAGUGUAUAACCAUGAAGAUGUAGUAGACAAAUAUAUGUAGUUUUUCUAAUUAUAAAUAUAUUGACAUUGUAAAAUUGUAAAAACCAAAUGUCAAUGGGAGGUGAAUAGCUUUUGAAUUGUAAUUAAAUUCAAAGAACUCAAGCUGUUAUUGUUUUUCAAUAAUUCAAAAUGUUUAUAAUUGUUAUUACUGAUAUUUUAAAAUUUAAAUUUAUUCCAAUGAUAAUAUUUAACCAAUAGUACAAGUGAAAAUUAUGAAAUUUAAAAGCAUGGCUUAUAAUUUGAGAAUGCGGUGGAUUUUUAAAUUUUACGAUAAUAAAUUAUUUAGUUCCAAGGUCAAAACUCAUUACGACAGUUUGGAAAUAAAGCCGAAAGCAACUCAAGGUGAAAUAAAAUCAGCUUACUUUAAAUUAUCAAUGCAGUAUCAUCCGGACAAAAAUAGUAGUGAAGAAGCUAAGAUAAAAUUUCGCAAUAUAUCAGAAGCCUACGAAGUUUUAGGAAAUUACGAUACUCGAAAGCAAUAUGACCGCAAAAUAAAAGUUCGGUUACCAGAUGAUCGACCACGGGAAAAUAUAGUAUAUAAGCCAGCAGAUAUUAGCAAAGAAGCUUAUCGUGCUCAUAUGGAGAUAAUGCGACGUCAACAUGAUGGAACUCCAAUUUUUGAUUUCGAUGCGUGGACUAAAGCUCAUUACGGUCAAACUUUUGCUAAAUCACGUAGAACAAAAAUGAAAUAUAAAAUGUAUGCUGAUGAGAAAAAAGUAACUGCGGCACAUUCACAUUCGACAGGUGUAGAGUCUGCACUUUUAAUGGUUUUCGUCACGUCAAUAUUUUCAGUGUUAGUUUUUGGACUAUUGUUGCCAUCUGCGUCAGAAGUACCGGAAAAUUUAGUUUUAGAAAAGAUUAAAAAUGAUGAUGAUGAUGAUGAUUCAAAAAAACCGCUGGAUUCAACGUGAUAGCUAGAGGAU